AUGGCAGCUAAGAAGAACAGGGUUCCGAGAAAGAGCAAAGAGGAAUCAGACCCCAUAGAGCUAUUAAAACGAACCGCAACGGCAAUCGGUAUGAGCAAUGUACAGGGAUAUGCGUCGGGAUUUCCAUUGAGUGGAUUUAAGACCCCACACUUUGACUCCAAUAAAUGGGCAGAGGUACAGAAAAUGAGCUUUGGCGAUGACAAGGAGUACCACUACAGAAACCCCGGUGAGACUUUGGCAGAGAAUGGCAUUUACGACAUCUAUUCCAACAAGUUUGAUCCAUACCCUGCUUGGAACCCAAAAGAGGCUGUUCCGAUAACGAGAGAGGAUAUUGAAGCAGUGUUCUUGCAGUUAACUGCGAUAUUUGGAUUUCAGUUUGAUAACACCAGGAAUAUGUUUGAUUAUUUGAUGAGGCUCUUGGAUUCCCGAGCAUCACGUUUAGGCACUGAGCAUGCGUUGAGGUCCGUACAUGCCGAUUAUGUGGGAGGAAUUAAUUCAAACUUUCGCAAGUGGUACUUUGCCGCUCAAAUGGAUGUAGAUGACUUUGUUGGUUUUGACAAUGUGAAAAAUGGUAAAAUUAGGGACUCGGAUGAAGCUGUGCCAACGCUUGAAGCAGCCGAAGAGCAAUGGGCGACCAAUAUGCAGGCACUUUCUCCGACAUAUGUGGUAAUACAGUUGGCUUUGUAUCUAUUAAUCUGGGGCGAAGCUAAUAAUAUAAGAUUUAUGCCUGAAUGCAUUUGUUUUAUCUUUAAAUGCUGCAAUGAUUACUACUUUUCCAUUGACCCGGAAGUGCCAGUUGAGAGAGUUACCGUGAGUUUUUUGGAUCACAUAAUUACACCAUUGUACAAUUUUUAUAGGGACCAGUUGUAUCGUCUUGUUGAUGGCAGGUAUCACAGACGGGAUAGAGAUCACAGUACAGCCAUUGGAUAUGACGACAUGAAUCAGUUAUUCUGGCACAGUAAAGGGCUUGAAAGGUUGGUAUUGGCUGACAAAGGAACCAAAUUAAUGAAACUUCCGCCAAGAGAGAGAUAUCCACGGCUUAAUGAAGUUCAAUGGCAGAAGGCAUUCUACAAAACAUUUAAGGAGAAGCGUAGCUGGUCACAUGUUCUUGCAAACUUCCACAGAGUUUGGAUCAUUCACUUGUCUGCCUUUUGGUACUAUUCAGUUUACAAUUCGCCCACUUUGUAUACAAAGAAUUAUCAACAAACAUUGGAUAACCCUCCAACAUAUCAAACCCAGCUAUCAUUGCUUUCCCUUGGUGGAUCUGUGGCUUUGACGAUCAAUUUUAUCAGUCUCCUAUUUGAACUUUCGUAUAUUCCGCGAAAAUGGUACGGCGCACAACCAGUUGCUGGCAGAUUGCUUGUUACCUUGAUUUUCCUAGUUCUCAAUACAGCACCGAGCGUUUAUUUACUUGGAUUUAGAGAUUUAGGAGAACAAUCAACUUUAGAUUUAACAAUUGCUUCCAUUCAGUUUGCUUUGUCUAUCCUUAUCGUUGUAUAUCUUUCCAUUGUUCCUUUAGGAAAGAUUUUUAUCAAGAGUCCAAAGUCCAAUGAUCGCAAAUACUUGCCGCAAAACUCAUUUAUUACAAAUUUCUACUUGCUCACUGACACCGACAAGAUUGCAUCACAUGCCUUGUGGCUUGCCAUUUUUAUUUCCAAGUUCUUAGAGUCAUACUUCUUUUUGACCCUCUCGAUGAAAGACCCCAUUCGUGAAUUGAGCAUAAUGAAGCAUGUAACAUGUUCAGGGGAGACAUUUUUCGGAUCGUGGCUUUGUGUUUCAAUUUGGACACCUUGGCGAAAUAUAUUUUCAAGAUUACCGAAAAGAAUAUUCUCCAAGAUCAUAUCAGUCUCCAAUGAAAAGAAUUUGAAGACAAAGUCGUUGGUGUCGCAGGUAUGGAAUUCAAUCAUUAUAUCCAUGUAUCGAGAGCACUUGAUCUCCUUGGAAAAUGUCCAAAAGCUCAUCUAUAAGCUGAUUGAGGACCCAGGGGUUGAAGGUGGAAUAAUUUUGAAGGAGCCAAUGUUUUUUGUUUCUCAAGAGGAUCAAUCAGUUAAAUCAGCUUUGUUUAGCAAGCAAUCCGAGGCGCAACGGCGCAUAACGUUUUUUGCACAAUCUUUGUCAACUCCUAUGCCAGAAGUAGGUCCGAUUCACUUGAUGCCUUCAUUUUCCGUUUUGGUGCCUCAUUACAGCGAAAAGAUUAUAUUAUCAUUGAGAGAGAUAAUCAGGGAAGAGGAGCAAUACUCACAUGUAACAAUGCUAGAGUACUUGAAGCAGUUGCAUCCGCUAGAGUGGAAUUGCUUUGUGAAAGAUACAAAGAUGCUAGCCGAAGAGUUUGAGUCCGACUCAGCAUCAACAGAUAACGCGAAAGAGAAGCUCGAUGACUUGCCGUAUUACUCAGUUGGGUUCAAAGUUGCAACUCCUGAGUACAUUCUUCGAACCCGAAUUUGGGCUUCCCUUCGGUCGCAAACCUUGUAUCGAACCAUUUCGGGCUUUAUGAACUAUGCAAGGGCAAUAAAGCUUCUUUUUGAUGUCGAGAAUCCAGAGUCCAGUGUUUUUGGUGAUGAUAUGGAAAAAAUUGAGCACGCAGCAAUCAUGGCGCAUAGAAAGUUUAGAAUUAUUACUUCGAUGCAGAGAAUGAAGUACUUUACUCCCGAGGAAAAGGAAAAUACUGAUUUUUUGUUGAGAGCUUACCCUGAGCUUCAAAUUUGCUAUCUCGAUGAAGAAAUUGAUGAAGAUACGGGAGAAGUCACAUUUUAUUCGGCCCUUAUUGACGGAAGCUGCUCGUUUCUUGAAAAUGGAGACCGAGAGCCAAAAUAUAGAGUGAGGUUGUCGGGAAAUCCAAUUCUAGGCGACGGAAAAUCAGACAAUCAGAACCACUCGUUGAUAUUUUGCCGUGGAGAAUACAUUCAACUAGUUGAUGCAAACCAAGAUAAUUACCUCGAAGAAUGUCUCAAGAUUCGAAGUGUGUUGGCUGAGUUUGAAGAAGCUACUUUCCCGUUAGACCCUUAUUCGAAUGAAUUGGAAGGUUCAAACCUGGCUUAUCCAGUGGCAAUAAUUGGGACUAGAGAGUACAUCUUUUCAGAAAAUAUUGGUAUUCUUGGUGAUGUGGCUGCUGGGAAAGAACAAACUUUUGGCACCCUCUUUGCUAGAACUCUUGCCCAUAUUGGUGGCAAAUUACAUUAUGGCCAUCCUGAUUUUUUAAAUGGUAUAUUCAUGACUACUAGAGGUGGUGUCUCCAAAGCGCAGAAGGGAUUGCAUCUUAACGAAGAUAUCUAUGCUGGAAUGAAUGUACUCCUCCGUGGUGGAAGGAUCAAGCAUUGUGAGUACAUGCAGUGCGGUAAAGGAAGGGAUUUGGGAUUUGGAUCCAUUCUCAAUUUCACAACAAAAAUUGGCGCAGGAAUGGGCGAGCAAAUGUUGUCUCGAGAGUAUUUCUACUUGGGAACGCAAUUGCCUCUUGAUCGGUUCUUGUCCUUUUACUAUGCACACCCUGGAUUUCAUUUGAACAAUGUGUUUAUCAUUCUCUCGAUUCAGUUGUUUUUGUUGGUAUCUGCAAAUCUAGCGUCGUUAAGUCGGGAAAGCAUUAUAUGCGAGUACGACAGAUAUAGGCCAAUUACUGACCCAAAGAGACCAGCAGGGUGUUAUAACUUGAUUCCAGUCAUUCAUUGGUUGCAGAGAUGUGUUGUUUCCAUUUUUAUUGUGUUUGUCAUUUCAUUUGUUCCAUUGGGCGUUCAAGAGUUGACGGAAAGAGGGUUUUACAAAGCCAUAACAAGGCUCAGUAAGCAGUUUGCAUCGUUUUCGCCAUUAUUUGAAGUAUUUAUCUGUAAAAUCUAUGGUCAUUCGUUAGCAAGUGAUAUUUCCAUCGGGGGUGCUCGGUACCUAGCUACAGGAAGGGGAUUUGCAACGAUUAGAGUCCCCUUUGUUACCCUAUAUUCUAGAUUUGCAGUGGAGAGCCUUUAUUAUGGAAUCAUUUGUGGAUUGCUCAUACUAUACUGUUCCAUGUCAAUGUGGAUCACACUGCUUUUAUAUUUUUGGAUGUCUGUCAUUGGGUUGCUAAUUUGCCCUUUUUUAUACAACCCAAACCAAUUUUCUUGGAAUGAUUUCUUUUUGGACUACAAGGAAUAUAUCGAGUGGUUACACCGUGGAAACAGUAAAGCCAGAAUUUCUUCGUGGAUCAAUUUCACUAGGUUAAGAAGGAGUAGAAUUGUUGGAGUCAAGAGUAAAAGGUUGAGCCUAAAUGAGGAGAUUAAAGUCGUUAGUGAAGUCAAACCUUCAAGAGCCAAGCUUAUGCUUACCGAAUCAGUAUUUCAGUUGUCGGCAAUCUUAAUUAUUGGUUUGGCGUACUUGUUUGCAAACUCGCAGAAUGGUAACCCUAGGGCUACACCCGUUAACAGCAUUUUGAGAAUUAUAAUUUGUUGGUUUUUACAAAUGACGACAAUAAUUUUCGUGUCCAAGGAAUUUAGACAUGAUAGAUCGAAUCGUUCCUGGUGGUCAGGUAAAUGGGCAACAGCUGGUUUAGGUUGGUACGUGAUUACUCAACCUAUUAGGGAGUUAGUCUGCAAGACAUCAGAAAUGUCGUACUUUGUGGGUGACUUAUUCGCGGCCCAUGUUAUAUUAUAUGCCCAAAUUCCUAUCUUGCUAAUCCCGUACGCAGACAAAUGGCAUACUUUGAUGCUUUUCUGGUUGAAGCCAGGAAGCCAGAUACGUCCUCGAGUCUUGUCUAAGAGACAGAAGAAGAUUCGAAGGUUACAGGCUGUAUUGUACGUUUUUGUCUUUUUAGCUAGUACGGUGUUGUUUGCUUCCAUAUUUGUUGUUCCCACUGUUGUUACUAAAUACUUUGAGGUUGAUUUGAGGAGCUACGUGCCACGCCCAUUAGCAGUACAGCCAGUUGUGCCAUCGAAUAAGAAGAUUGGAUUUAUGAAGAGUUUAGAGGUCAAGCAUUACUAG